CCAGAGGGUCCACUAUCCCGACCCGGGUGUGUCUCUUAUUGCCUCGUUUCGAUCGGAUUCUUUAUCGUAAAUAUUUACGUAAAGUUUUGUGCUGUCCAGGAUGUCUGGGGAUAACGAAUCGGAAAGGGUCCACAGGAGACAACUGAGGGAUAGAAAAGAAAGAAAGCUUUAUACUGAUGACUGGGCUAUUGGUGAUGAAGAUAUUGAGGGGAGGAGAUCUUUCAGCCUACAAGAAAAGCUUGAAUCCAACAAAUUCCCUCAAUGUUUUGCAAAAGAAAUGCAAGGAAGUGAUUUAACGGUGGCUUAUCUUCAAAGACAUGGUUUCAAUACACCAAUCCUUUUUAAAGAAAAGGCAGGUCUUGGGUUGCAAGUGCCUAGCCAAAACUUUACGAUUAAUGAUGUUAGAGUGUGUGUCGGGUCUCGAAGACAGCUGGACGUUAUGGAUGUUAACACACAGAAAAAUUUUGAAAUGUCCAUGAAGGAGUGGCAACGAUAUUAUGAGGAGUCAAAUAAAGACAGACUGUUGAAUGUCAUUUCACUGGAGUUCAGUCACACCAAACUGGAAAACUUUGUCACUACUCCUACCAUUGUUCGUCAUAUUGACUGGGUGGAUUGUGUCUGGCCGAAACAUCUCAAGGAUAUGCAAGUAGAGUCCACAAAUGCCAUUGAUGACAUGAUGUAUCCCAAGGUGCAGAAGUACUGCCUUAUGUCAGUGAAAGGGUGCUACACAGACUUUCACAUUGACUUUGGAGGCACCUCUGUCUGGUACCAUAUCCUAAAAGGGAGCAAAGUGUUUUGGUUGAUCCCACCAACAGAGCACAACAUCGCCCUAUAUGAACAAUGGGUUUUGUCAGGAAAACAAGGAGACGUGUUUUUUGGAGACACAGUUGAACGUUGUGGCCGUGUCACUCUCACUGAAGGCAACACAUUCUUCAUUCCAACAGGAUGGAUCCAUGCAGUUUAUACACCUAAGGAUUCACUUGUUUUUGGUGGCAACUUCCUCCACUCAUAUUGUAUUGACAAGCAACUUCGCAUUGCACAAGUGGAGGAUACAACACAUGUUCCGCAAAAAUUUAGAUAUCCGUUCUUUACUGAGAUGCUGUGGUAUGUGCUGGAGAAAUAUGUUUAUUUUUUACUGGGGAAUUCUCAUCUACACGACACCCCACCCAACCCAGCCCACCCGUACCCAGAACAUGUUCACCUCACACCUCAGGAACUGCAAGGUAUCAAAGCAAUAGUCGGGUACCUUCAUUCAUUGCCUCAGAAUAAGAAGAAUGUUCCUGAUUUGAUCAAAGAUCCAAUAGCUUUGAUUAAAGAUGUGAGAACUUUGGUUGAACAACACAGACAUGACAACCAUCAACUGGCGACAACUGGACGGCCUAUCUUGCUCUCCAUGGCUGAUAAACGCAAGAACUACGAAAGGCAAAUGAACAUCGUCAAGAACCUUUCCAAUCAUAACGUGAUCAACAACAAUUCAAUGGCCAAGAUGAGACCGGGUAUGCUGAUCAAAGGAGGCUCGUUACCCGGAAGCAGGCUGCACGCCAAUCACCACAAUCACCACAGUCACCAUAGUCACCACAGUCACCAUAGCCAUCACAACCAUAUGUCGUCAGGCCCUCGUCGCCGACGCACACGGUGCAAGAAGUGUGAGGCUUGUCAGCAAAAUGACUGUGGCGAAUGUGCCUUCUGUCAAGAUAUGGUAAAGUUUGGUGGACCCGGUCGUGCCAAACAGACAUGCAUCAUGCGACAGUGUCUCCAGCCCAUGUUGCCGGUGACGGCCGCUUGUGCCUCAUGUGGUUUAGACGGCUGGGGUCAGCAACUUGUCAUUCCUAUCCAGAAGACCAACAAGGAAGUGCCUAGCAGCCUGAUGGAGUGCAGCGUCUGCUACGAGAUUAUUCACCCGGAAUGUGUUGCCAAGCUGUGUCCGGACUCUGAAGGAAUGGUCAAUGAAGACUUGCCCAACAGUUGGGAAUGUCCAAAAUGUUGCAGAGAUGGAAAAAAUAUUGAAUACAAGCCAAGACAUUUCCGGGCUCGACAAAAGUCAUCUGACAUUCGCAGAAUGUCAUGUAGCUCUGACAAUAGUUCUGGCAGACGAGAUCGUCUUGACGUUGACUCAGAUGGGUCGCGUUCAAGCAAUGACAGCUACUAUGACACAUCAAUGGACAGUGAAUUGCCUUCUUCCAAAAGAAUGAAGGGAGACAUUGAUGAUAACUCAGGAAUGGGGCGAUGGUCCGGAGACAACGACCAUCAUUUGAAUGGAACCUCAUCAGUGAAGCACAGUCACAGUUUGGAUGACCUCUCCAACAACCACGAGCCAAGAAAAUCUGAUCUAAGAACUCAAUUAGCAUAUCAGCUCAUUGGCAGUUCUAAUAAAGUGCUUCGGAGACCGAUGUAUCCUGUUCGACCAUCUAGCUUAAAACCGAGUGGGCCUGCUCCACUGAUGGCGAAACCACAGAACACGGGACCAGUAGUCGAAAGAACUUGUUUACUUAAUAUAUUUUCAUAUUUGACUCCUUUAGAUCUAGCUCGCUGCGCUCUGGUCUGUCGAGUAUGGUCGAACGUAAGUGGGGACCCUUCUCUGUGGAAGAGGAUGGACGUAUCUGGUAAAAGACUUACAGGAGCUUGUCUUAUGAAUAUAGUUAGGAAGCAACCAGAAGUAUUGAUCCUGGAUUGGACAGCCAUUGCCAAAAGACAGUUGACAUGGCUAGUGGUGCGUUUGCCACAGAUGAAGGAACUAUCUCUGCAAGGCUGCUCGUGGAUGGGGGCAUCUGCCCUCAGAACCUGUACGUGUCCUCCGCUCACAUCCCUCGACCUGAGUUUUGUUACGGGACUCAAUGAUGCAUCCUUACGUGAUUUAUUAAGCCCGCCUCCUGAUUCUAGACCAGGAUUAGUGGACACAAAAUCUCGUUUAAGAUAUUUGCAAAUAUUAAAACUAGCCGGUUGUGAUCUGUCAGACGUUUCAUUACGUUAUGUCGUUCAAAACUUGCCCAAUCUGGCUCAUCUAGACAUGUCGUCAUGCCCAAGACUGACUGAUGCGGGAGUUGCACAGUUAGGAACCCCUCCCGCAUCUACAAUAACCACCCUGGUCUCCCUAGACCUUGCUGGCUGCCGUCUUCUCACAGAAACUUCCCUCGAAUAUCUCAGCCGCUGCAACUCUUUGGAGAGGAUAGAUUUGCGCCACAUCUCACAGAUAUCGCCAGAAGCUGUUGAAAAAUUUGCUGCAACCAGAAAUGGACUGGUGGUAACUGAAGAGAAACUCAUAGAAAAGUGUGUGAAUAAGAGAGUAAAAUAAAUUCCAAAACUAGCGGUGAAUAAUGUUGGCAAUAGGUAAUCUAAUUGAGGAUCUGGAUGGAUUGUGUGUAAAGUAGUUAAUUUGUCAUGUCUUAUUGGUUACGCCUCAAUUGUGCACAGCGAUUUAUGUUUAAGUUCCGUUUCUCAAUCAAUAUAAAUGAUUGAUUAGGGUACUCUCUCAAACUUGAAACUAUGAUCAAUCCUUAAAUAUAGGGAUGGGCGUAUUUUGAUUCUCUAUCCUCCACAAUACUGUCAAUACUUAGGGUAAUGAGGAAACAUUGAUCCUCGAUAUUUUGUGUUAACCUAUCUCUCGGUAGCAGAGAUAUCACCAUUGUCUUCUACAUUUGCUGUAAAAUUAUAAAGAUCUUCUAUGAUUGCGGGGACAUAAUUUUCUCCCAUGUUUGCAGAGUACUUCAUCAUCUUCAUCAUCUUUAGCGACUGUAAACAUCUCCCACAAUUGCAUAAACAUCAUCAUCAUCUUCUGAUAAUUGUAAAUUCGGAAUUGGAAUCACAUAGAUCUGGCUAAAGUCUGUCGCCUACUUGUGGUAACAUCAGGAACGUUGUUGUGAUGACCCUACACUGCUCCGUUUGUCUGUAAGGUACGCUUGAUACCACCGUGAUUCUGCAUACCCAGCCAAGACUAUUGCCCCUUAUAAAAAAUAUGCACAUUUGACUGGAGAAAAGCAGGGAUGAACUGCGCUUUUCAUUUUCAAGUUUGAGUGGGGACCCUGUUGAUAAGCACCAUAUAUUGUAGCAUUGUAUGUUUGUACUGGUGUAAAUUUAUAUGCACUUGUAAGUUCCAAGUUGUAAUGCAUAUCUUCUAUAACUUUUGGGAAACUUCUAGUUAAGCUAAAAUUCUUAACUAUACAUACAUGAUGACUGAUAAGGUAUACGUUUUACACGAGUUGUACAACCUAAUUUCGAAACAAGAGAUUCUAUUUUAGUGUUGUGUUAAGGAUAAAUAUAUUCUUUUUACUGUCAAAUAUUAUUUGUUGAUAAUUUUAACUUUUAACAUACAUUUUUGACCUUUUUAACCUAAGUUUGUGACAACAGACUCUGUUUUAGUGAUGUGUUAAGAAUAUUCUUUUAACAGUCAAAUGUUAUAUUACAAUGAUUUUAACUAGAUUUUCAACUUUUAUUUUAGUUUGAUAUGCUCUCAAAAUUAUUAGGCUGAAGAGUAUUAUGUACAUUGUAUUGAUACAACAUGUGCAAAAUUGCAAUCAAUGUUAACAUUAUUUCCUAUAAAACUAUCAACGGAUGGAAAUAAUCAUUGAAACAUGUUUUAUAUACAGUUUCUGGUGCAACAAGCACGGUGUGGUGCCAAUGUUUAGUUCUGAUAUUGAUAAAAUCUUUCUCAAAACCUAUCAUUGUACAUUUUACACAAAUGUUUUUUUCUCUUACAACUUUUUGUAUGAGAGCAAUGCUUUCUAACAAAUGAUUAUAUAAAAAAAAAAAAAUUAUAAGAGUUUUUCAGCCUUAGACCGCUGAAUCAAAUGCACCAAUCAUAAAGGUUAAAAUUUGUUUUGUUAUUCGAUUUAAUUACAGUAUAACUCUAACUAUCCAAAACUCAAUUAACUGCAUUCCAAAUUCUGCAAAUCGCUAUUUGGUGAAUUGAUAAAAAAAAACCAGUUUGAGGGGGGUAGAUAGGCGAAGAACAAGUGCCUAAAAUGCUGUUACUAAAGCAACAAUGCAUCCACUAUUCCUACAUGCUAUUUUUAGCAGAAUAGUAAAGCCAUCAUCACCCCCUCAAGCCCUGCCUUGCCACUGAUCCGUCAGAUUAUGUUGUUUGUGUUCUCAUUGAGUUAAGCAUCUACAGCUGUAUAAGUACCCCAAAUUAGUACAUAACGAAACAGUGAUCAUCUACAACGGAUUGGAUGUAAUCUUCUGUACCUUUGACUCCCGAAAUGGACUGAUCCCCAUUUUAAUUUGGAUAGUCAGAGUUUUACUGUAUUUAUUUUUGUAAUUUCCAUGUAGAACUGAGCAGAGUUUAAGCGUAAAAUACUCUUUAUGUGAUAUAAUGUAGUUUAUUACAGAAAAUAUGGUUUUACUGUUAUUUUAAGUAUACUUUUAUGUUUUAACAUAUUUUUUAAAUAAGAAAAUUCAUUGUAUUUAUUAAGUGUUUUUUGUUUGUCUGAAACUAUUCAGAACUAUUGUGAUUCUUUGAAAACUGUUGUGUUUUUAUAAUUUUAUUUUUAAAGAUAUAUUAUCAUUUAUAUUUACAUCCUCUUCUCCAUCGUUGAUGUAAGAAAGCUUUAAUAGAUUUGAGUUAGUUACAAAAUAUUUGUUAAUUCAUGUUCAUGGAACAUUUAGUUGUGAUUUAUUAGUAAAACCCCCUAGUAAACAAAUUGUCUUUAAUUUUUAGGAGGUACAUUUUUCAAUAAUCCAAUAUCAAGACUGCUUUUAGAACAAUGUAUACAUUAUAUCUUUGAGAUCUUUUUGAAUUAGUUUUCCUGCUAAAAACUUGAUUCACCCGAAUUUUGAAAAAAAAAUAAAACUUUGCAGGCAAAGGAAAAGGCAAGCACACUGGGCCCAGAGGCUAAUUCUUUCUACGAAUCUAGAUUCUGUCAACGUCUUUUAACACAGUUUUACAGAUGUUUUAAUAUUUAAUAUUUUGAGUAGUGAUGGGUCUGAUGGGGUAGGUUGCUGGUUUUAUCAGUUCAGGCUUAUUUGGAAGUUUGCUAAAAAAGUAAUAUCCCAACAAUGCUGACUAACAAAUGUCAAUAUAAAAUAUUAGUAAGGUAUUCAUACCCCCCCCCCCCCCAAAAAACAAAAAACAUAUUGUGUCUUAUAAGAUGAUUUUUUUUCUGAAGCAAUCAUAAAUGUAAGAAAGAUAAUUGUUUACAUAACAGUGCUGAUAUAUUGACUGAACCACUGAGUCACCUAUAUUGCAACUUGUAAUCAAAUAUUCAAAAUUAUUAUUGGUUACGUUACAACCCUGCCUUUUAAAAUAUCCAAGCAAAAACGGCAACAAGUGGAAACUGUUUGCAUUUGCAAAUUGCAUUACCAUUCUUCCUUACCAUUUAAGUUUGUUCUUCCAAUUGCACAAUAUAAGAUACUGGUUAAAAAUAUAAAAACACUCAAAAUGGAAUACUAUAUGGCCAACUUACUGGAAAUGUAGAGUAUAUUUCUGGAGAUCUGUAAAAAAUAAGAAUCGGGGGGGACAUUUUAAGUUCACCUUGUCUAAUUUCAACCAUUAUUGUAUCAUUUACUUGUUGUGUAUUCUAUUCACUGCCAUUCAGACCGUUGUAAGAACUCUACUUCUCUAAAUAUUUCUGGCUUAACUAACUCACUGAGAAUUGGUUGAUUUCACUAUCUUCUUUAAAAUCCUGACAGUCAGAGUGUUGUACAAAUUUCUGUAUUUGAACUAUAUUCUGUGUUAGCAUUGAUGUAUUGGUGGUAAAAAUAUGCUAAAAAUCUAAUGUAAUGCACAAAAAUAUUCAUUUUUAUCCUUUGCUGGAAAAAUACAGUCUAAUAUUAGUAUUUUGGUAAAAUGUUGUCGGUAUAUGGGAUCAGACAUUAGCAUUUUUGCGAUUGUUUGUAAUUAAUUAGUGGUUUUUUUAUCUGCCAUUAUAUGGCAUUCAAUUAUCUAUUUUAGACCAUUCUUUGAUCGAUUGUGGCUUAAUUUGAAAUUGUGUAACAUCAUUUGGUGCCUAGUAGAUUCCUUUUUUGGUAAAUUUACAAGUCUUUUUUCUGAACAAAUAGCCUACUAGAUGAUUGAAAUAAAUAUGUAUUGUAGGCUAGUAAUAUUUUUAACAAUGUCCCAAGUUUUAUAUUGUUUUUAUUUGUAUAGUUUAAAUUUCUUAAAAAAUAUAUAGAUUAUAGAUAAUUUUAAUAGUGGUAUAUUUAUACUUAAUAUUUACGUUCCCAUUCUGAUAGUUAAAGAACCAAACAUAAUAUUGUGUUAAAAUUGAUUGUAGUUUUAGAACCAUUACACUAUACGUUUGCUAUAUUUUGGUAAUUUUAUUAUAUUGGAACUAGAUUCACUACUGUAUAUUUUUGUAAUUUUAUAGGUUAUCUCUAAGGACCGAAACAAUUGCGAUUAAUAUUAGACACAAUAAAGAUAACCUAAGUGAGGGAAUAUUAUGUAUAUUGUAUCAUAUGUAUAUAUACUUGUCACGUCUUAUUAACUAGAAUUGAAAAUCAUUUUUAUAAUUUAGUCAAAAAACUCUUCACUUAACAUCUGUCUUCUAGUGUCUGAAAGUUUCUGGGUGAGUGAGUUAUUCUCAAGUGCCCUAAUGUGAAAUAAAAGUUUGCACAAGAA